AAAGUAUCCAUGGAUACCGUCGGGUCAACGGCAACCGCGUAUGUACCCGUCUAGGGUCUAUGUUCUUCUCUACACGCUCUUGUUUCCCGACCCUCUCUGCCGUUCCAUCUCCAUCAACAAUGGAUUACGAUUUCAGAAAUAGGCUGAAUCCACCGUAUAAUUCACAAUCCUCCAUGUACAACCGCCCAACACCGUCGUCUUCGUCGUCGCCGAUGUCGUCGUCGACUCAUCAGAUGUACGGUCCGUCAUCGCUCUACCCUAAGGUCGGUCAAUCCGGUGGUCACUCCGUUGUUCAUCCGCCCUCCCGCACCAACACCACCUCCUCUUCCUCAGGAAUGGGGAUUAGGGUUACAUUAAAACCGGAAUUUCGGAUUACACCACCGCCUCAAAUGUCCCCACACAUUGGAGAGGUUCCUCGUAGCACAUUUCAGUUUGACUUCGAACUGGAGAGGAAGAUACUUGCUGAAGCAGAGAAGGAAAACCCAAAUUGGAGCAAGCUUGGGUUGGAAAACCAUCCCCAUAAAACUGCAAAACCAAUAUCUCGUCCCAACUCUUCUAAUGUAGAUCCAGUGGUGGGGAAAUACAUAGCAACAGGUCUUAAUAGAGAGGCAGUACCUAUUGCAGUUGCCAAAUAUGGAGAUAAUCCAACUAAGGUUAGGGAAUUUGUGCAUGGUUAUAGUGUUUUGCGAGAGAUGGGGUUUGAAGCUAAUAGUAUUGCUGAAGCAUUAUUCAGCCAUGACAACGAUAAGGAGGCUGCAGCGCAUUUUCUGAGCGCUUCAUCCUGAACAAAUAUUAGCUUGUAUCAUAUUAUUAUUUGUGUUUGUGGUUGUGGCUGUGGUUGUAAAAUGUGGUUGUACAUUGAAUUUCAUGAAUAACUUCUCAUGGUUGUGUUGCCUUA